GGUAUAAAUUCAGACCACUCCCGGAUCGAAGUAGGAACAUUCAAUCAACUUCGAUAAGCUCAACAUGCAGUCCUUGGUUGUUUUCGCCGCUAUCGUCGCUGCCGCUUCGGCUUCCCACAUCGGCCUCGGUCUGGGCGGAUACGGCCUAGGUCACGGCGUCCUCGCCGGACCCAUCGUAACCAAGUCCACUGUUCUCUCUGGAAACAUCCAGGCCGCUCCCCUCGCUGUCCCUCUGGUAUCUAAGGUCGCUAUCGGCGUUCCCACCAUCUCCGCCGCUCCUCUCGGACACGGUAUCGGUCUUGGCCACGGUAUCGGUCUUGGCCACGGUAUCGGUCUUGGCCACGGUAUCGGUCUCGGACACGGAAUCGGUCUCGGGCACGGGCUCGGUCUCGGACACGGUAUCGGUGUCGGACACGGGCUCGGUCUUGGAAAGGUCUGGUAGAGUCAGUUUCUUCAUGUAAAUAAAUGCUGUGUUCA